AUGAUGAAGAGUAUAGCUAGCGAAAACGCUGAGAGCGAUUUAGAUGAAGUUUUAUCGAACAGUCAAAUAGAGCAAGAUACAAAACAAAGCAAAUAAAAAAAAAGAGAACAUGCUCCUUCAUUAAGCAAUCAUAAUACAUAGUCAGUCGAUGAUUAAACUGGAUCACUUGAUUCCUUAAAGAUUAUUUAAGAGUCAAAAAGAUCUUCAUUUUUAAUAUCUAAUACUCGUAAAUUACAAAUUUUAAAACAAAUUCACUUGAUGAAUCCAGAAGAACUUUAUGAAGUUUGCUUGUAAAUUCUACAAAAAUCAUCUGCUGAGAGAAAUCAUUUUGAUUUAUAAAUAUUAUAAAAGACCUUCUAAUCUAUUGAAUUUUUUUAAAAAUUUGAAGAAUAAAGUGGUUCCAAUGCUUUAUUAAAUCUCUAUAAAAUGCUAAAACUAGAGACCUAUGAUAUUCAUGAUUUGGUAAUAUAAUAAGGUACAAGAGGUGAUAGGUUUUUUAUUAUUUUAUAAGGUUCAGUAGGUGUUUUUAUAAAGCCAGCUACUACCAAUUCUUAAUUGCCUUCAAAUACCUAAAUUUUAAAUAGUCAAGUAACUAGCUUAAGCAAAGAAGCUAAUAAAACAAAUAAUUAAUUUCAGUAAUCUCCUACUUAAAGCCACUCAACUAAUAAUGCAAACUUAAAUUUCACAUAAGCUAGUAGAAACGCUCCUUCUCCUUUUGCUAGGCAAUAAUCUCCAGUCGAAUCAGUGAAAAACAACACUAUACAUUAGACUUGCAUUUCUUUAAAUAAUUAAGGAGUCAUAAAUAGAAAUAGAAACGAUUCAAAUGAUAACCCUUUAAAUAAUUAAAGUAUAAACAUUCCUACUUUUUCUAAUAUCACAAGUGAUACAGUUCUCUAAGAUAAUCACGGAUAAAGCUUGCAUCAGUAGGCUGAAAGACGUGCAUAGAGCUAGCUAAAAAAAGAAGGAGAAAAUAACUCUGGUAACAAAUAAUAACAACCUGAUUAAAUGUCUUAAUUAAAAAACUCAAAUUCAAAUAAAACUACUGUUAAAAGAAAAAAAAAUAUCGCAACUGAUCAAUCACAAAGGUAAAAAUCAGAAUUUAGCAUUCCUCUAAACCUGCAAGAUGAAUUUAAUGAUGAUUCUAUUAAAAUUGAUAACUAAAAGAUAUCCUAAUCAAAAGAUUAAAGUAGAUAAGAUUUAACGAAAUAAAAUUCAAAUAUUGUAUAAAUGCCUAAACCUUCAUUUGUGUUUUAAGACAACUAAUCUCAAGCUUUUCUAAGCAUAUUAAAAAAUAAAAAUGAAUAAGAAAGAACUAUUUUUCCUCCACAUGAAUAGAAAUAUUGGAUAAAUGUUAAUUAGCUCAAAGCUGGCUAAAGCUUUGGAGAACUAGCAUUAUUAAAUGAUGCUCCUCGUAUGGCAAAUGUUGUAUGCAAUUCGAUUUGCCAUUUUGCAGUUUUAAAUAAAAAAGACUUUAAAGAAGCUAUAGCUUCUAUAGAAAGCUAAAAAAUAAAAGGAUAUAUUUAAUUUUUAUAAUAAGUUCCUGGAUUCGAUAAAAUAAGUCGUAGAGCUUUAAAUAUGAUAAUUUAUUCAUUUGAUAUUAAAACAUUUACAUUCAGAGAUAAAAUUUUUAAGGAAAAACAAAAGGCUGACCAUCUCUACAUUGUAAAGGAUGGAGAAUUUUGUUUGCAAACAUCAGUUGAUUAUUAGCCUCCAAAAGACCCAGCUCGUUAUAAUUAUGAAGAAUUCAAUAGAAAGUACAGACCUGCUAAUUAAAAUAAAGCUAUUAGGAAAAUACAAUUAGCAGUGUUAAGUAAAGGUGAACUUUUUGGUGAUUAUGAAGUUUUUAGUGAAAUUCCACGUUGCAUGGAUGCUAUCUGCAAUUCAUAAAAAGGUGAGGUCUUUUGCAUUUCUAUAUAAAAUCUCAUAAAUAGAUGUGAGAUUCUUAACGAGCGCGACCUUCUAGUCAAUCUAAAAUAAAAUAGCUAAGCAAAACAUGGUAUACAUGAAAAGAUGUUAAAGUAUUUUCAUGGUACCAGUAGUUCUUUUUAGAGUAUUCUUGUUAAUAAUUAAAAAUUAAUAGCAGAUCAAAGAAAUACUGAUUGUGUUAAUGUAAGCAGAUCCCAAUCGAAUAGUAGGCAAAAUAUAAAAACAGCGAAAAUAGUUCCUAAUAAGCUAAUUUCCGUCCAAAAUAAAAGCAAAAACAGCAAUGAGUAAUUACCGAAAGAAUAUCUAUAUGAACCUUUAUUUAUUACUGCAAACUAGUAAAAUUAACCAAGAGGUAUGAGUGCACCAUCCUCCACAAGAAACAGAAAUUUACUCAAAACAACUUAUAACAACUUAAUUGAUGAAUAAUUAUCAAAGUAAGACAGCUAGUAAACAGAAACAAAUAGAUCUUCUACAAAUGAUGCUAAUUCUUAUUUCUAAAGAUUUUCUGAUAAAGUUUUAGAAUUUAGUACAAUUGAUAAAAAAAGCUAGCUUUGCAGCCAAAAUAGUAAAAAAAUUGACUGUAAUGAUAAUGACACAACAUAUAACAUUACUUAAAAUAGCUAGGAAAGGUUACAAUCUAGAUAAGUACCUAAAAUUAAUAUGUAAUACAUAAAAUAAAACCAAACUCCAAAAAAUUAUUUGAACUAAAGUCUCAAUAGACCUCUAAGCUCAGAAAGAUCAAAUUUCAAUUCAUCAGUGCGAAAUAAAAAUAAUUCAUUUAUAUAAAUAUAAAAUUAAUCAGUUGCUAAUAGUCCCAGAGGAAAAAUAUCGUGCAACGAAAAUUUCAGAAUUACUGACCUAUCUAAGUCUUAACUACUUAAGUAAAAUAAAAGGCUAUCAUAUUCUAAGAAUACUAGUAGAAUAAUAGAUAAAUCUACAGAAAAUAUUGUUAAUGUCUCUCAAUAGAUAGAAGAAUCUGAAAUAAAUUUAACUGCAAAAUUAAAGAAUAUAGCUGCCACAUCUGUUGUAAGGAAGCAAAUAUAAUUAUCUUGUAGUGAUAAUGUUAAUUUUGAAAAAGAUCUUAAAUCAGAACAAAUGAUUAAAGCUAAAAAAUAGAUUUUAAGUUAGCUGAACAAUCAAGCAUAAAAAUAACUCAAGUAACUAUAUUAGAGUGUUGACUUGCAAUAAAAUCAAGUAUAAAAUUCUAGUUCUAUUUAAAAUUCCUUUGAUAACAAUAAAGCAAUUGAUUAAUCUUUUAAACCAAGUUUAGCAUUUUCAAAAUUAUAAAUAAACUAGCAUAUUGAUUACAAUGAAACCAGAAAAUAAGUUUUAAGAAAAAUGAGAAAGUUUAAGUAAAUUAAUUACCUAAAUGAACUCAAAAAGAGUAAAAUUGAUUAAGAUAAAAUAAAUAGUGAAUAUUCUAAAAUCAAUACUAUCAAAAGCAAAGGCUAUGUUGUUAUCAACCCUCAUGCCUUUAUAAAUUUUGUAAAUAUUUCUUGA